AUGAAAAAUGGUAAUGGAAUAAAUUAUACAAUAGAUAAUGAACAAAAUUUUGAAAAAUUAAAUAACAGUAAAAAAUAUAUUUAUGAAAAAAAUAAGAAAUAUAAUAAUAAAAAAAAUGAGAAAUUAGUUAAUGAAAAUAAUUCAUUUGAUUAUUUAAAUGAAUUAAAAUUGACAUCAUUUGAUACAUUAAAACAUAUAAAUUUUUUUCAAAAUAAAAAAUUUAAUUUAAAAGAAAAUUCAAGUGACUGUCAAAAAAGUUAUUACAAGAAAAAUGAUAUUGAAGCAAACGAUUACAAGGAUUUUAUAAUUAAUGAAAAAAAUAUCCCUCAUGAUCAUCUAAAAAAUAGAGAAAUUUUAUGCAAAAAAAUGAAUGAAAAAACACAAUUAGCUAAUUUUUCAAAAGAAAAUAAUAUAGAAGAACCAAAUAAAAAUUCAAAAACAUAUUCAAACUUUAAUAAAAAAAAUGUUUUAACUACUAUAUUUCAAGAAAAGGAUUUAAGUUUUAAAAAUAAUUCAACUCAAAAUUAUAGUUUUUCAAAAUUUUCAACGAAUAAAUUGAAUCCAUGUGAAACAUUUUUAAAUAAUUUAUCAAAUAAUGAAAAUUAUAUAGUAUAUAAUGAAAAUGAUGAAAUGAAAAAUCAAAUGAGCACAUUAAUUUAUAAUAGAAGUAAAAAUCCUUUUGAAGAUAAAAAUAAAGUAGAAGAAAAUAAUUUGCAGAUUAAAAAUAUGAAUACGUAUGAUACAAAUAAAGAGAAUUACUAUAAAAGAAAUGAUGAUAAGAUAUAUCUUAAGCAAGAUGACUUAGAAAAUGGUUACAUGAAUAAUGAUAAUUUUAAUAAUUAUGCUUUUUUAAAUCUUGAAAACAAAAUAUAUAGUAAUGAAAAAAAUGGAGUUAUGGUUCAUUCAGAUAACAUGAUAAAUGAAAAUAUUUUAAACAAAACUGGAGAAAUUCCUAUAAUAAAUAAAAAUAGGUUAAGCAAAAAAAUAGUUAAUUCGAAUAAUUAUAUAAUUGAAAAAAAUGAAGAAAAAAAUAAUGUAAAUUAUUCCCAAAAAAAUUUUUUAAUUAAUAAUAUUAAUACUCCUAAAAAUUAUUUUUUUAAUAAUAAAAAGGAUUGUAAUAAAAAUGAUUAUAUUUUUUAUAAGAAUAAUAUGUGGAAUGAUAAAAUAGAAAAUGAUUUUAUUGAUCAAUAUAAGAUAAACAAUAAAAAUGGAAAUUAUAGUGAAUCUGAUAAUUCAAAAAUACCGUAUGAUAAUUCUUCGAAUUCUAAUAAAAUCAAUAAUAAUAUAAACAAAUGUUAUAUGAUUAAUAGCAAUUUGAAUAAUCAAAAUGUUAAUAAUAAUAACAAAACGUAUUUUUUAAAAAAUGAUAUAAUUGACAAAAUAAAUUAUAAUAUGCAAGAAGAUAAUAAUGAUACAUUUAUUAAAAGUAAUAUAAUGAAUAACAUGAAUGCAGUGGAUAACCUAAAAUUAAUGAAUUGUGAUAACACAGAAUACAAUAAUAUAAGUAAUAAUUACUUAAAUAAAUAUAAUUGUAAUGUAAAUAAUUAUAAUAAUAAUAACAAUAUUUAUUCCAUUUAUGGUACAUAUAUGUCUCCUAAUUAUAAUUUUACCAAUGAUGAUAAUAAUGUUAAUAAUUUACAUACUAAUAAUGAUUCCAUAAAUGGUUUCAGUUAUGUUAAUUGUGAUAGAAACUGCCAUAUAGGAGAUAAUUACGAAAAUAAUAUUUAUAUUAAUGAUAAUUCAUCUACAAAAAAUGAACAUUACAUUAACAAAAAUUUUACAAGUAAUAAUAAUAAUAAUAAUAAUAAUUAUACUAACAAUGAAUCAAUAAAUACUUCUGAACAUAACAAAAAUGAUUGUUUUAUUGUAAAUUCUGUAAGUAAUUUAAAUUAUGUAAAUGAUAAAAAUGAAGAAAUCCGAAAAAAUAAUAUAUCAUAUAAAAAAGAAAAUGAAUAUGUAGAAUAUAAAUUCCCUAAUCUUACAAUGGAUAAUAGAUCCUAUAAUAAAAAAUGUUAUAAUAUGUUUUCAAAAAAUAAUUUGAUAACUAAACAUAAAGAAUUCAUGGAUAGUAAUUAUAGUAGUCCAAUUAGAAAUAACAAAGAACAAGAUAUCAGAAUUAAUAAUAUAAAUUAUAAUAGUUUUAUUAAUGAUAAUAAUUAUAUUGAAAAUAAUAAAACACAAUUAAAAAAAACAGAAAUAGAUACAAAUUACUUAAAUGGAGAAAAAGAAAAUAUAGAUAGAUUUUGUAAUAUAUUACUUAACGAGGAAAAAAGAGCAGCAAAUAAUAGCGAGAUAAAUCAUAAUAAAAAUAUAGAAGUUCCAUCAAAAAAUGAUAAUAUAAGUAAUACAUUUAAAAAUUUUACUAAUGAUAAUGAAACCAUAAAACAUAUUUUGUAUAAUGAAAAAAUCAAUUCCAAAUAUUCAGAAGCAACAAAUUCAAGAAUGAAUGAUAAUGGUCGUUUAAAUAAUUUAAGAAAUGAUGAUCUAGAAAAUGAUUUUAAUAAUUUUGAUAUUCAGUAUAUUAAUUAUAAAAAGAAAAAUGAUGCUAUAAUUAACGAAAUAAAUAAGAAUACACAACCAAGUUUUAAAAAAAAAGAAUAUUUUACUAAUGAAUUUCAAAAAAAUAAAAAAAAUGAAGAAAAUAUUAAUGAAUUAAGUGGGAAUAGAGAAUUCCCUUAUGAAGAAAUAGAAAAUAUCAAUAAUUCUGAAAUGUUAUAUAAUUUAAAAAAUAAGAACAUUGAUAACUCUUUUGAGCUUAGCUUAUUUGAUAAUACUAAUGAAUUAAAUAAUAAAUAUGAAGAUUUAUUUGAAAAGAAAAUGAUUUAUAAUUUAUAUUUGCAAUCAUUAUUAGCAAAUAUAAAUAAUUCAUAUAAAAAUGAAAAUUCACCUCCUAAAAAUAAUGACAGUGUAAAAAAUGACGUAAAUGAUCAAUUGAUAUUAUUCAAUUUAAACAAUGUACAGAAUAAAAUUUUAAAUAAAAUUCCAAGAAUAAAUAGUUAUUUUUCAUACUUAGAUUACUAUAUAGAAUCAUUGCGAUUAUUAUAUGAUAAACUAUUAAGUAAUAGAAGUUUAAUAUUAAAAUUAGCAAAGGAAAUUUUCUCAAAAAAUAUAAAUGAAAAAAAAAUUUAUAAUUCUCUUGAUGACAGACAUUCUUACUUUAGAGAAUUAUUGUCAAUCUUAUUACCCCAACCUCCAGUUUUCCCAUCUUUGGAAGUUUGGCUAUAUAUGGAUAAAAAAAAUGCCUCACAAAUUCAUAAACUUCAUUUAACAUUAUAUAUUAUUUAUCAGAAAAUUAUUUAUAAUUUUUCAAAUAUAUUACUACAAAUAAAUAAUGACAUAAAUUAUUCAAAUAAAAAUAAAUCCAGUAAAAAUAAUGAAACUGAUUCUAUAAAUUAUUACAUUGAUUACAAUCAGGAGAAAGAUUCUGAUGCAUUUAAAAAUUCUUUGAAGAGCGAUUAUAUUUCAAAAGAUAGCAUAGAUAUAGAAGAAGGUAUAACUAAUAAAAAUCUUCAUAUUAAUGAAUUAAAGUCAAAUGAUAGUAAAAUAUUAGUACCAUCAUCUAAUAAUAAAAUAAUGAAAUACAAUGAUAUUGAUGCAAAUUAUAAAAAUAAUAAAAUAGAAAAAAAAUGCUUAUUUGAAAUUAAUAGAAAACUAGAAAAUAUAAUGAAUUCAAUUAAUAAUAUAACUAAUAUGAUAAAUAGGAAAAAAGAAUCAACAUUAGAAAAUAAAAGAAAUUUAAGAGAUAGUGGAAUAAUUGAUGAUAAAAAAAGGUGUUCAAUUGAAACUAUUGAGGAUAACAUGGAAUUAUCUAACAACAAAUUAUAUGAGAAAGAGUAUGAUCAUGAUAAUAAUUUUAUGCAUGAUAUAAAAAAAGAAAGUUCUCCAAAAUAUGUAUGCAACAUUAAUGAAGGAGAAAGAAAUUAUACAUUUAAUAAUCAAAUUGUUGCCUAUGAUGACUUAAAAAAUGAUGAAUUAUUCGAAAACAUAUCUAAUAUAAAAUUAGAUAGAAAUAACUUAGUUUAUGAAGAAAAUACAUUAAAAUUAUUAGAUAAAAUAAAAUAUGAGUUAAAUGAUAUAUACAAUGAGAUAUUCAAUUUAAAUAAAUAUGAUAAUUUGGUAUCAUUAGAUGAUCAAUCGAAUAAUUUUUCAAGGUUAUGGAAUUCCAACAGUAAUGAUACCAUAUCAAAUACAAAACCAAAGCUUAAAAGUUAUUAUUUUAAUGGCUUAUUAGAUAGUGAAGACUUAAAUUAUAAUCAGUUAAACGAUUCAUCUAGUAAUUAUAAUAAUUUUUCAAAUAACAAAUCAUUAAACAAAAAAGAUUAUAAUAUUCAAAAUAAAUUGAUGAAAAAUAUUGAAAAUACCAAUUUGUCUUCAAAUCAAAAUAUAAAUGAUAUAAUAUAUGACAUAAAUUGCACAGAUGAUAUUUUUAAAAGACUUAUUUUAUCCAAAAACUAUUAUAAUAAUUUAUCUGAUUAUGAUAGUUAUUUAAUAAAUGCUUAUAAAGAAAAUGAAAAAAAGUUUAAAAAUUUUAAUGAAAUUAAAAAUUCUAACAAUAUGGGUGAAGAAUCAUUUUGCAAUCAAUUACUUCCAAGUAAUGAAAAGAGCCAUAUAUUUUUAAAUAACAAUAAUGUAAAUAUAUAUAAUAAAGAUAAUAAUGAAAAAUUUAUUACAAAUAUGAAUAAUUCUCUUUUUUGUGAUACUAGUGGAAAAGUUAAUGUCUACAUUAAUGAAAAGGAAAAUGAUAAUUCAAAUAAAUCGAAUGAAAAUUCUUUUAUUUUUACUAAUAAUGAAAAUAAUUCUAACAAUAAUAAUGAUGAUUUUGAAAAAGAAAGCGAUUAUAUAAAUAUGAAUUUAUAUAAUUUUAAAAAUUCGUUUGAAAAUUUAUCUUUAGAUAAUAAAAAUGAUAUUAUAGAAACAAAUAAUUCUUUAGUAUUAUCAGGAAAAAAUAAAAAUAAUAUUAUUUUAAAUAAGAAGAAAAAUAUUUUUUUAUCUGAUAACAUAUCAAAAAAUAAAAAAACUUCUCCUUUAAACGAAUAUGUUUAUGGUUAUAUAAAAGAUAACGAUAUUACCAAUUAUAAUACUACAUUUGCUACUACUUCUAAUGAUAAUAAUAAUAUGGAUAAUAGUAGUAAUAAAGAUAAUAUUAGUAAUAAUAAUAAUAUGGAUAAUAGUAGUAAUAAUAAUAAUAGUAAUAAUAAGGAUAAUAUUAGUAGUAAUAAUAAUAAUUAUAACGAUAAUAGUAGUAAUAAUAAUUAUAAUAAUAAUAAUAAGGAUAAUAUUAGUAAUAAUAAUAAUAAUAAGGAUGAUAUUAAUAAUAAGGAUAACAGUUAUAAUAGUAAUAAUAAUAAUAACAAUGAUAAUAGUUGUUAUAGUUAUAACAGUAAUAAUAAUUAUAAUAGUUGCGAUAAUAAUAAUAAUAAUAAUAGCAAUAAUAAUAAUUGUAAUAGUAAUAAUAUUAAUAAUGAUAACAUAAAUAUUUUAAUAGAAAAUGUAGAAAAUGAAAUGAUGAUACCAGAAGUUAAAUAUACUACUGAUCAUUGCACAAAUAAUGAAAAGUUAAAUUAUAAUUAUUUCUUUUUAAAACCUAAUAAUUCUGAUAACCUUUUAAUGAAAAGGAAAAAUGAUAAUAGUGAAACUCCAAUUCAUGAAUUGAGUAAUUUUUUUAGUAAAAAUAUGAAUAAUUAUUCCAAUAACAAUUCUUUGGAAACUAAUGUGUCUAUUUCUGAAAAUUUAUUUGAAUCUCCCAAAAUAAAGCAUGAUAUAAGUGAAACAACAAAAAUUGAAGAGAACAAUUACUUUGGAAAAUUAAAAGGAAAAAAUAAUAAUUCAUACAUAAAUAAUCAAAAUGAAAAAAUUGAUGACCAUUUAACAUAUUUACAAAAUAAUUUUGGACUAAAUGAAAACGAAGAAAAUAAAAAUUCUUUAUCUAUUAUAAAAAAUCAAGAAAAUUACGAUCACAUUGGAGAUAUUACUCCAUCAAAUUUUGCAAACUCACAGAACAUAUUAACUAAUGAUUCUCUAAAUUAUGAUAUAAAUUCACAUAAGAACAAUAUAAUUAUUAAUAACAAUGUAGAAAAUAAUAAUAUAAAUAAUCAUUUGAAUGAUAGCAUAUUGAGUAAUGAUCAUAUUAGUAAUACUUUAAUGAUGGACAACAAUAGUAAUUUAAUAAUGGAUACAAAUAUAAAUAAUAGUAAUAACAGUUUAUUAAAUCGUAAUAUUUUGAGCAAUGAUAUUGUAAAUAAUAGCACAAUUAACAGAAGCAUAAUAAAUUUUAAUACGGAAAGUUAUAAUAAAAUUGACGAUAAUAUUAUAAAUAAUCAUUUAAUAAAUGAUAAUGUAAAUUAUUACAAUAAUUCAUCCCAUUUAUUAAAUUAUAACAAUUUAAAAAAUGAUUUAGAAAAUGAUUUAGAAAAUAAUAUAUAUAAUAGUCAAAUAAUAGAAAAUAAAUUUAUAGAUAAUGAAGUUCCAAAUAAUAAACUACUAAAUAAUGAAUUUGGAGAUAAAGAAAAUUUAAAGAUAAAUAUUUUAUGUGAUGAUAAUUUAAAUUCUUGUAUUAAUUUUCAUAAAAGUGAUUUUGAAAAAUUUAAUGGUAGUUCAUUGGAAAAUGAGGAAUUCAUAAAUGUUAAUAAUAAUAAUUACAAAAGUAAAUUGAAAACAAAUGAUAUAAAAGAUUUUUCAGAAAAUGUAAUGGAAAAUAAAAGAAAAUAUAAUUUUUCUAAUGAUGAGAAUUUAAUUGAAGAUGUUACAUCAGAAAUCAUUACAAAAAGUCAUUCUAGAAAUUCAAACCAUAUAAGUAAAAAUUUAUCUGCAACAGAAUUAUGGAAAUAUGAAAAGGAUCAUUCAAAACAGUUAAAUGAAACAAAAUACGAUGAAAAAUCUAAGAAAGAAAUAAGUAACAUAGCAGAGAUAAAAGAUAUAGAAAAUGAAGAUAAGAUUAAUAACGUGAAUAAAAUAAAAUUAAAAAAAAUGUUGGAAAUAACUGAUAAGUUAAUUGGAAAAAAGUAUAGAGGUAUAUCUUACGAUCCCACAAGGAAUGGAUGGUCAACAUUCGUAUAUAAAGACGGAGUAAGACAUAAGAAAUUUUUUUCUUCAUUUAAAUACGGAAAUUUAUUAGCUAAAAAAAAAUCAAUAGAAUGGAGAUUAAAAAAUUUAAACCCUGAUUCUCAUGCAUAUGCCUUUUCCUUGCAAGCCAAAGAAGAAUUUAAUGCAAUUUUAAAUAAUGAUUAUGAAGAAAUGAACACUACCAAUGAUAAAAAAAAAAAAGAUAAUUCGGAUAAUAUUAACAGAGACAUUUUAUAUAUAAAUGCCUUUUUAAAUUUAUUUAAUGAUGAGAAGGAAAAAAAAUAUUCAUCAGAUGAAAGUAAUAAAAUUAAAAAAUCAAAAAGUAAUGAAGUCAAAGGCAUUUCUAAAAAAAGAAAUAAAAAGAACAUUAAUGAAAAUAACUGUAAUUCAUCAAAUAGAAAAAAUAUGAAUAUUCCAAUAAAUUAUGAUACCAAUAAUAGCUGUUCUCUUGACAACAAUGAUAAUUUGAACGAUAAAAAUACAAAGAACACUAAUAAAAAUAAAUUUUUAAAUAAAAAAAAAAAUUACCAAAAUAAAAAUAAGCAAAAUAAAAAAAAAAAAUGUAGUAAUAAUUAUGAACAUAAGAAAAAUAAGAAGGAAAAAGAUAUGAAUCUACAAAAAAAAAAUUUUUUGGAUAAAUUUCAUCCUAAGAACAAUUUAGAAAGUUUUAGUGAUAUAGAUAAAUUACAAAACGAUAAUGUUUUACUUGAAAAUAUAAAUGAAAAUAGCAAUAUUGAAAAAGGAAAAAACUCAUUCAAUUUAAAAAAAACUGAUCAAGAUGAUUCUUUUUUAAAUAAAAAACAUUUUUUAAGUUUUUUAAAUCAGAAGGAACUAAAUUCUAAAAGUUCUGAUUAUAAUGAGAAUAAAAUCACAAAAAAAUCUAAUAAAGAAAAUUAUAAAAAUGUUAUUGAUAUAUAUACAAGAAAAAAAAAAAAAGGAAAAAUUAAUAAAAUAAAUGAACCUUAUGAUGAUUUGGUAUCAAGUGAGAAUUUUAAUGAAACAAGGUCUUAUGAUAGACUUGAAAAAGAAAAUUCAAGUAAUAAUGACAAAAAUGAUAACAUGAAUUUGAGGAGCCUUUCAGAUGAUAUAUCUAGUAGUAAUUCUAAAGGCAUACUGAUGAAUGCAAAGAAUAAUUCUUUUAUAAAAUAUAAGAAUAAAAAAAAAAGAAAAAGAAAUUCAACAGAUGGAAAUGAAUCAGUUAGUGAUGUAGAUAUAUUACAUAAAAGUGACAUAAUGGAUGAAAAUAGUUUAAUAAAAGAAAAUGAAUUAUUUAAUAAAAUAUAUUCGUUGUGCGAAAAUGGUUCUAUAGAUGACGAUGCUAUUUUAGAAAAAAUUGAAAAGUUUUAUGAUGAUGAUUAUUUAAACAAAAAUUACAUAUCUGGUGAUUCUAAAGCCAUAAAUGAAAAUAACGCAAUAGACAGUGAAUAUUUAAUGGAAAAUUUUCACCUAGAAGACAAAAAUAAAUUAUUAAAUAAAAUGGAAGUUAAUAAUUUGAAAAAGGAGAAUAAUAUGAUUAGUGAAGAUAAUUAUUUUAAAGAAAAUUGUUUAAUGAAUGAUAAUGAUGCACUGACGGAGGUUGACACUGUCGAUGAAGAAGAAAUUAUUAGUAAUUUUUAUUCAUUAGGAAUAAAUGAUUCAAUAAAAGAAAACUUUUGGACAAAAGAGAUGAAUUUAAUGAACGACAUGAAUUCAAUAGAAGACAAUGAAUUUAUAAGUAAAACAAAAGAAUCAAAGGAAAAUAAAGUAACAGAUAUAGAAAAGGAUAAAACAAAUGAAAAUAUACAAAAAAAAAGAAAUAUUCCAAAUGAAAAGGUAAUAAAUGAUUCUGAUGAAAAUGAUAAUAAAAAUAAAAUUGAUUCUUAUUUUUCUAUUGAUCACAAUAGAAACAAUAAUAAUAUGAAUGAAAACAGUUUUAAAUAUGCAGAUGAGCUUAGUGAAGAAAAAAAAAAUAUAUAUGUAGGUAAUAAAAAUGUGAAUGAUCAAAAUUAUUAUAUUUACAAGGAUAAAUUAUUGAAAUAUAUGAGUGAAUGCUCGUGUACUACUGAAGAGGAAAAAAAUGUUUUCAUAAAGUAUUUGAAUUUGAAAACAGGAUGGAUUUUGCUAGAAUUAAGUGAUUUAGAGGAAACCUAUCAUGAUUAUUUUAGAAGUAAAAUAGAAUCAUUCUAUAAAUCAUAUUUGUUAAAAGUAAAAAAUAAUAAUAGAAAAAAUGAAAAUAUUGGAGAACUUCAAAUAAUUUUCGAGAAAAAAUUAAAUACUCCAUGGAAGCACAUGAUAUUUCCUUUAUAUUUUUUGUACAUUUUUAAUUAUAAAAUUUUCUCUAUCUUAAAACGCACAAAAAAAAAAGCAAAUAUUACAAAUGACGUUAAUGAAAGGCAUCUUAAAAGUAAUAUUAGGGGAAUAAAUUACAUAAAAUAUAAGAAAUCAUGGUGUUUCACUUAUAUUGAUAUAGAUGAAAAAAAGAAAAAAAAGUGUUUUUCAAUCCUCCAGUAUGGUUUUAUGGAAUCCAAAGCAUUAGCAAUAUUAUAUCGAAAGAGUUUUGUUUCUCAUUUAACUAAAAUGCAAAACUUUAUAAAAAAUGUUAUAUUUAAAAAUAAAUUGACAACUAUAAAUAAGUUGAAUAAUUAUAAGACAAUAUAUGAUUAUAUAGAUUAUUAUAAGAAGUAUGAAGAAUUUUUAGUUUGUUAUGGGAAAAUUAUUUAUUUUAAUGAAAUGAAAUAUAUAUAUUUAUCCUCUAGAAACAAACAAAAUGCAUUAAAUUACUUGCCUUUUGAAGUACAUAAUAAAUUAUCUAAUGAAAUAGAACCUAUAAAUUUAAUAACAGCUACAAGAAAUUAUUUUUCCAAAAAAUCGAAAUUAUUAAAAUUUCCUAAAGGUGUUGUUUAUUUAUCUGGUUAUUUUUUAUGGGCAGUAUUAUUUUUAAAUAAGAAUAAUAAAGAAAUAAUAGUUUCUUUUUCAGUUCGUAAAUAUUCUUUUGAAAAUGCUAGAGCCAGAUGUAUUGAAUGCUACUAUUGUUUGUUAUAUAAAUAUAAGUUCCAUCCAGUAAAUAUAUCUGGUGUAAUAGAUUUGGUACUAGAAAGUGACAUAGAAUGUAAAAGUUACAAUCUUUUAGAUUAUUCUUCAGAGGAAUUAAUCUCAUUAGAAUAUUUAUUUCAUUAUUUUUCACCAUCGAAUUAUAUAAUUAAAAACGAUAUAGUUUAUAAAAAAAUUUCCUAUAUUGAAAAAGAUCUUCAUAAGGAAUAUGAUCAAAUGUUUCCUAAUGAGUAUGUCCAUUUGGAUAAUUAUCAAAGUUAUGAAAUGCAAGACAAAUAUUUAUACAGUGAACUUUAUAUGAACAAGGAAUGCAAUUUUUUUUCAAAUAGUUGUAACAGUACAUCUAUAAGAGAUGAUAAUAUAUAUAUUAAUAACUCUAAAGUUGAUCAAAAUAUUUUUAACGAAAAUAUUGAUUCACAGAUUUAUUUGGAUAAAAAUUGUACCCUAAAUAGUAGUAGAGGAGGUAAUGAUAAGGAUAUUUGUGACAAAAAAUUCAGUAAUAACAAUUCAUGUGAUAGCUCAUUCGAAAAUUUAUCCAAUAUCAAUAAUGAUAGUAGUAAUAAUGAUAUAUCUACUUAUAAAUAUGAAAUAAAUAAUGAAAAUGAAAUUAAAAAUGAAAAGGAAGAAAAUCUUGAUAGUUAUAUUUUGAGAGAUCAUUCUAAUACGUUCAGUGAUUUACUAACUAUUCGCAAAAAAAAAUGUGAUAAGAAAAACAUUCCUCUAUAUUUUACUGAUGAUGAAAAAAAUAAAACGAUAUAUAGAAAUAAUUCACAUAAUGAAGGAAAAAAUUAUAAUUUCACUUAUCCUACACAAAAUGAGAAAACAAAAAAAGAAGAAACGAAUUUUAGCAACACAAAAGAUUUUAUUGAUAAAGGAAACAUAAGCCAACUAAAAACUCAUGAAAAUUAUAAUGAUUUAAGUGAAAAUAAAAAUAGUAUAUGUUCUAAUGAAAAUUCAAAUGAAUCAGAAAAAAGGAGUUCACUAAAUCACAAUAAUAAAAAGUUUAAUGAUAGUAUCACAAGUCACAUGUGUACUAAACAAAUUAAUAACAUGUUAGUUGAAAAUAUAAAUGAUGAUAAUACAAAUAAAAAUAAUAGUAAUACUUUUAGUCAUAGUGAUGUUUAUAUUAAUUGUGUUAAUAAAAUGAAUGAUAAUGAUAAAUAUAACUUUGAAGAAAAAAAUAUCUCCUUUGAGAAAAAAAAAUAUAAUGAACUAAAAGAGGAAGUUAACCAAGAACAAAGAAACAUUUUUCAUUUAAAUGAUUAUAAAGAAAAUGAUGUCAAUAAUUCAGUUGAUGAAGACAAUCUAGAAAAAAAAAAUGAUUCAGAGCAUUUUUUUAAUAAGGAGAACAAUUUUUAUCAAGAAUGCAAAAACAGUAACAGAUCAUUCUUAAACCAAGAUUAUUAUAAGAAAAUUUUGAGUAAAAGUAUAUAUAAUUUUUUUGAUAAUAAUUUACAAGAUGAAUAUUUAAAAAAAAAGUAUGAUGAAUUAUUUAAUGAAAAUGAAGUUAAAACAAAUAUAUUUAAAAAAAUAGAUAAAAAAGAGGAACAUUUAGGAAUUUUUAUGUUAUUAAAUUGCCAGUGGUUAUCUGAUUCAUUUGUCAAUAAUAUAUAUGAAAUAGAAAUGAAAUAUGCAGACAUUUAUUCUUUUGAAAAUUAUCGUAACACACGUGAAGAAGUUCUAAAAUGGAAAUGUAAAAAAAACUUUAUUAAAGAAUGUUCAGAAAUAUCUAAAAAAUUUCCAAGAAAAGUUGGAGUUCAUUAUGAUUCAUAUGCACAUGCUUGGGUUGUUAACUGUUCUUUUAAUGGAAGAAGACAUGAUAAAAAAUUUUUAGUAAAGACAUUUGGUUUUUUACAAGCAAGAAAAUUAGCCAUUGAAUACAGAGAAAAAUGGAUGCAGUUAAAAUCAUUUCACAGGAUGAAAAAUUUAAAAAAGAAAAUUAAAAAUAAAAAAAAUAAGUAA